AUGGACAGUACAUGCGAGUAUUGCGAGAAGGGAAGAGCCACCGUAUACUGCCGCGCCGAUUCCGCUAGGCUGUGCCUUUCCUGCGAUCGCGUCGUGCACUCUGCUAAUAACCUAUCGUUGCGACAUCAGCGAACUCUCUUGUGCGACGGCUGUAAUCUCCAGCCGGCAGCUUUUCGCUGCGUUGACGAAAACCUAUCUCUCUGCAUCGCUUGCGAUAGCGCAAUUCACGGCAAGUUAUCCUCCUCGCAAUUACACAGACGCCAUGCGUUCGAGAAUUUUACGGGCUGCCCGUCCGCAGCGGAUCUCGCUCAGCUCUGGGGCUGCGAGUUGGCGAAACCACCCCCGCCGUUGCUCCAAGUUCAUCAGAAGCACUCUCGCCCCGCGUGCUCAACGUCAACGGGCGCCACGACGUCGCUCAUCGCGUCGCACACGACCAGACUGUCGCACGACGACGCGCUGCCGUCGCCAGAUUCUGGCCGUGCGACGCGGUUAACCUCUGGCUCCGUGAAGAGCUUGCGACCAUUGGUAACGCCGGCGGCGACUAUGAGUCUUACCAGCUCCGUGCAGCACCCGUCGCUUUCCAAGCCCGCUGCGCCGGAACCCAGCACCACCACGGUCUGCGCGUCCACUCCGCGGAAGCAGUGGGGGGCGGCGGGGCUAGGCGGAACGGCGGGAGCCCGCGGAGCGGCAGGAGGCGGCGCAGCGGCGGGAGCAACGAGCGGUGCGGGGAGGGCGGUGUCGGCCAGACGAGCGAUGUCGAGCACGUCGGUGGGUUUGCCACCGGUGAGCACCGUUGCGACGUCGAUGCCGGCGGGAGAUGCGGAUAUGAUGGACGCGGUGCUGCAGCGGAGCAUGUCGCACGGCUUCGCAGGAGCUGUCGCGCAGGGCGACGCGUCACAGUCAUUGUUCCCGGAGUCUGCACGCGGAGCGAGCGCCGCGCAUCCGGCGGAAAGCCCGAGGGCAGGCAAGCAGCCGUCCGGACAGCAGCACCGACCCUCCGCGUGCGCCCCCGGAAUGACAUCGCCUGCGCCUUCUUCCUACUCCGCGCAAAGAGCGCCGCGCAUGUCUCCGCCAGCCUAUUCCCCCCGCGCUCUUCCCAGCACCGCCGCCGACCGCGGUCCGUUUCACCCACAGCCGCCGCAGCAGCCGCAGCAGCUGAACCAGAUGCCGCCUCCGCAUUUCCCGGCGGACUUCGGUUUUGCGGGGCAGCAAGGCACGCAGCAGGGCAUGCAGGCUGGCGCGCAGGCAGGCGCGCAGGAGUCUGGAUUCGGCGCGCUGCAAAAUGCGGAGAUGGAGAGACAAGCGGAGCUCGCGCAAGGCAAUCGCUACUUCUUUUCCGGCGGGCAGCUCUCUGCCGCACACCCGAACCUGGGCCUCCUCCAAUCCAUUCCCGGAAGGUCCAUGACUCACCCGAGCCUCGGCUCGAGCUUCGGUCCAGGCAUGGGGCAAGGGGAGAGGAUGCCAAGCCAGCGUGUGGACCUGGAGAUGGGUCUGAUGUUCGGUGUUGGGGAGCAGCAGCAGCAACAACAACAACAUCAGCAGCAGCACCUACAACAGGAGCUGCAUCAGCGGCUGCAGCAGCAGCGGCUACAGCUGCAAGAGCAGCAGGCGAAGGAGAUGCAGGCGCACGCUCAUGCCAUGAACGCCGCCGCCCAUGCCGCACAGGCCGCGCAGGCAGCGCAUGCGGCGCAGGUGUUUCAGCAACAGCAGCAUCAGCACCAGCAGCAGCAGCAGCAGCAGCAGCAACAGCAGCAGCAGCAGCAGCAACAAUGGCAACAGCAGCAGGAGCAGCAGCAGCAAUGGCAGCAGCAGCAGCAGCAGGAGCAGCAUUGGCUGCAGCAACAGAAGCAGCAACAGCAGCAACAGCAGCUGCAGCAGCAAUGGCAGCAGCAGCAGCAGCAGGAGCAGCAGCAACAGCAACAACAGCAACAACAGCAGCAGCAGGAGCAACAGCAGCAACCGCAGCAGCAGCAAUGGCAGAUGCUACAGCAGCAGCAGCAGCAGCAGCAGCAGCAGCAGCAGCAGCAGCAGCAGCAGCAGCAGCAGCAGCAGCAGCAGCAGCAGCAGCAGCAGUGGCUGCGCGCGCAGGGGCAGCAGCUGUCCGCGCUGGAGACAUCAGAGGGGAAGUGGCUGCGAACGGAGAAGGCAAUAACGAAGCAGCAGGAAGAGCAGCAGGUGCUGCAGGAGGAGCAGCAGGUGGAGGAGCAGGAGCGGCUGACGCUACUGCAGGAGCAGCAGCAGCAGAUGCUGACGCUGCGGCACAGGCAGCAGCAGGAGCUGCUGCUGUCGCAGCAGAAGGUGGAGCACGAGCGGCAGCGCACGCGGCAGCAGCAGGAGAUGGAGCUGGUGUGGCAGCGCCAGUUGCACCUUGACCAGCACGAGCACGCCAACCCGGACCAGCCGCAGCAACAGCCGCUGCAGCAGCAGCAGGAGCGGCAGGAGCACCUGUUGGGACAGCAAAGGCAGCAGGAGCAGCUGGGGCAGGUGGUGCAGGGCGCGUGUGGGUCGAGCCCUCUGCUUCCACCCGUUCGCGUCAACCCCAAGGACGCCAAGGGGCUCAAGAGUCCCCUCAUUGAGGACGGCUCCCUGGCAGCAUCGGCGGGCACUGCGGCGCCUACACCUAAUGUGGUUGCAGCAGGGAUCCCCAACGCUGUGGCAGCUGCGCUCGCCGCUGCACCGUCCGCGUUUCUCACGUCGCCCCGCCUCGCCUGCAAGCGCGGCCUUGGCAUCGCCUCCGCCGCCUCCCCCCUCGUCUCCCCGCGCCACAAGCACGCGCGCAGCUCCGCGUGGCCCCUGCCUGUAUCCCUACCUGUGUCUGCGCCGGCGGGUUCCGCGCAGGCGUCGCCUGUGCGGAUUGCGGAGGAGCAGGGGGGCGAGGAGGGGAGGCGCGAGUCGUGGUCGCCCGUGGUGAUGAGGGAUCUGGGCGCGGAUCAGGCGGAGCAGGGGGAACAGGCGGAGCAGACGGAGCAAGGCGAGCAGGCGGAGCAGGAGAACUGGACAAUCGAGGAUGGGACGGCAGUCAGGAGGAGGGUGGAAGAUAAAGGCGGAGGAGACGGUGGCACUGGCGAUGGCAGCCCGGCCAAUAAGAGCAGCGCAUUCACCUCCCCAGGUCUCGGCCAGAGCACUGUGACUGUGGAGGGCGUGACUGUAGACCGCGUCUCAGCCUUCCCAUCCCCUCCCACGCCAAGCACAGCCCAUGCCGCCCAUCCACCCCCUCUCCCCUCCGCUCCCCAAUCCGCGCCCCCUUCUGCCACCCCCUUCCCGCCCUUCUGCACGCCCCCCGCGCUCCCCCCAGCUCCCCUGCACGCGCCCGCUUCCCGCGCGCCUGCGAGUCCCAGCGUCUUCCUGCCCGUCCCCCCGCCCGGCAGCCCCUUCUCCCCGGCCAUGGCUGCCAUCGCCGCCACGCUCAGAGCCGCUCGCCUGCCCGCCCCGCCCCGUUCCGCCCCUGCCUCCGCUGCGUCCGCCGCUCCCACUCCUCCCGUCGCUCCUGCUGCACUGAUUCCUUCUGCCGGCGCGUCUGCUGGAGGCGCCGCGGCUGGUGCUCUAGCGGGCGUGGGCGUGGGCAUGGGCGUGCCUGCAGGUGCAGGCCCUGCCAGCCUGGGUCUGCGCCCCUCUCCGCCCCUCAAGCCCCUGGGGGGCAUGGCAGCUGCAGGCGCGCUCAUGCAGCCACUGGACCAGAACACUGUUGACUGGCUCGCCGCCCGCCCGCCCUCCUCCAUGGCCGGCAUGAACCGUCUGCUAGCGAGGGUGCUGGGGGAGGCGGGCGGCAGCGCAGCAGGCAUGGAUGGCAGUGCAUCGCCCACCACGUGCGCUCUGCUGGAGCGCAGAUUAGGCUCUGCUUUGACGGCACCCAACGCCAAUGGCCUGAGUGAUCUCACCACUCCUGCCACUCUUUUCGGUGCUGCUGCUGCUGCUGCUGCUGCUGCAGACGCGUCUGGUCGCGCGCCUUGGAGGAACGGAGCGGUGUGGAACAAUGCUGCCAUCCGAACCUUGUCCACAGCUUCGGCGUCCAGCUCCUUGGCAGGUGCUGCGGGAGGUGCGGGUGGGGCGGCAGGGGAGGCGGGGCAGGAGGAGAGGGAGCUGGCGCUGUUCCAAGCGCUGGAGGGGCAGAUGAUGCGCGAUGGGCGCACCAGCAGAGGCACUGCCACCCCAGACGCACAUGCAGGUGGAGGGAGCAGCGAGGGUGAGGCCAUGGGCAUUACAGGGCUUGUGGUUGCAGAAAUGGCGGCUGCUGCUGCUGCUGCUGCUACUGCUGCUGUUGCUGCUGCUGCUGCUGCUGGUGCUGCGGCAGUGGAGGUGAAAGAAGAAGGGACAACUUUCGUCCAAGCAUUUGCAGGAGCUGAGAGGACGGGUCCUGCCAGUGCCGCUGUGCUGUUUGGUGGCAGUGCGAUGCAUCCUGCUGGGCCCAUGAGCAUGGCCCAUGCCCUGAACGCUCUCAACACCGUCAACCCAGUCACCACAGUCAACGGGAGCUCAAUGAUCGGGGUCAACGCAGUCAACGGGAACUCAAUUAGUGGGGUCAACACGGUCAACGGGUUUCUUGCAGACCCCUGGUUGUGCCGGGCGAGGAGCAUGCAGGGGGCGGGCGGCGGGGUGAUGGGCGGGCCAAUGACGGGCGGCACGGUGCUGUCAGCGAUGGUGGCGGUGUCAGCAGCAGCUGCCAGGGACGAGGCAGUCAUGAGAUACAUGGAGAAGAAGAAGCACCGCACGUCAGUAUCCCUGCUCUUCCCUCCCCUGCCCUAA